AUGCUGAACAGGAUUUUCUUGGCUUGUGUCUUUCUUGCUCUGUACUGCGCAUGCUCCCCGCUGAGCUGCAGGUGGAUGGAUCAGAAAUUCAGACAGCACAGCCAGAACUCAUUAGAUCUUCUGGAUGGGAUGGUUAAUAACAGCACUAACAGCACUAAGGAUGAAAAGCAGAGCGCUGUGGCCUUCCCUCAUCAUCUGUACAGCCACGUGUCCAAAGCAUCAGCUGAGGGUAAACUCGCCUUCACAGUCCACAUCCUGAGGGAGAUUUCUGCCCUGUUUGAGGAUGACUACAGCUCUUCAUCAUGGCAUGAAACCACAGUGGAGAACUUUCUCAAUGUUGUCAACAAACAGGCUGAUGAACUUCACUCAUGCAUUAAAGGCCACGCCCACAUGAAGAAGAAGCACAACACCAAGCUUCACAUGUAUUUCCAGAGAUUAUCCCAUGACAUCCUGAAGAAAAUGGGUCACAGUGCUGAAGCCUGGGAGCUGAUCAGGAGGGAAAUCAAAGUCCAUCUAAUGAAAGCAGACCACCUGGUUUCUACUGUACUCAGCAGCUAAAAUCAUAGAGA